AUGUCUAAGCUCUUCAUCGGCGGCCUUGCAUGGCACACUGAGGAAAACACCCUCAGACAGAAAUUCGAGGAGUUCGGUGCUGUCGAAGAAGCUGUGGUUGUCAAGGACCGCGACACUGGCCGCAGCCGUGGGUUCGGCUUCGUGCGAUACACUCAGGAGGGAGAUGCUCAGAAGGCCAUUGCCGCCAUGAACAACGUCGAGUUUGACGGACGCACUAUCCGUGUUGACAAGGCUUCUGACAACGGCCCCCGCGGCGGUGGCUUCCGCGGCGGUUUCGGCGGUGGUGGUGGCCGUGGCGGUUACGGCGCGCCCCCCAUGCCCUACGGCGGCGCUCCCGGCGGAUACCCCGUCGGCGUUCCCAACAUGUAUCAGCAACCGGCGUACGGACGCGGAUAUCCCCCCCAGCAGCAAUACGGCGCUCCCCCUCAGGACGGCGGUUACGCGGCUCCUCCCGCGGGCUAUGGCUACCCGGACCCGUCCCAGCAGUCCCAGGGCGGCCGAGGCUACUAA